CGAAGGCUACAAAGUUCAACCAACCGAUUGAGUCGUGGAAGACCGCAGCAGUCGUUGACAUGUACGCCAUGUUCUACAGAGCCACUUCCUUUGAUCAGCCAAUUAAUGCUUGGGACACGGCAAGUGUGAGGAACAUGAAAGGCAUGUUUUACGAAGCUACGAAUUUCAACCAGCCGAUUGGGUCGUGGAACACUGCAGCAGUGGUUGACAUGUCCUUUAUGUUCCAGGAUGCCAGUUCCUUUGACCAGCCGAUCGGUGCUUGGAAUACAGCCAAUGUCAGGGACAUGGGCAAUAUGUUCUCGAGUGCAGUGGUCUUUAACCAACCCAUAGGCUUGUGGAACACUUCGGCAGUGACGGACAUGCAGCAAAUGUUCCAAGGGGCCAGCUCCUUUGAUCAGCCGAUUGGUGCUUGGGAUACCGCGGAGGCGAGAGACAUGUCCGCUAUGUUCUCAGCGGCAACGUCCUUUAACCAACCCAUCGGUGCAUGGGACACGUCUCGAGUCACGCGCAUGAAUACCAUGUUUGCUCUAGCAGUGUCCUUCAAUCGGCCACUCAAUGAUUGGGACACAGGGUCGGUGACGAACUUCUCUGCGAUGUUCAU